AUGACUGACUGGAAAACGCUGGGCCUCGGUGCAGUUGCAGGCCUAGGUGUAGCGGGAGCGGUCGCAGCAGGCUAUGCACUACUAAAGAGAGGUCGGGGCCGCGCCUACAAGACGUUCAAGUCCUACCAGACCAACGACCCUCUCACUCUGUACGUCAACAGCCAGAACCGCGAGAACGCCGUCCUCGGACGCCUCCGCGCCACCUCCACGGAGCUCGCAAUGGGCAGAAUGACCACCGGUCAGGACGUGGGUAACCUCCUAACGCUUCUGACUCGCUCCCUGGGGGCGAGAAAGGUGGUCUCCAUGGCACUCUCCCUGCCGGACGACGGAAAAGUGAUUGCCUGCGACGUGAGCGAAGAGUUCACCAACGUCGCCAAGCCUUACUGGGAGGAGGGAGGGGUGGCGGACAAGAUCGACCUCCGCAUCAAACCGGCCACGGAGACGCUCCAAGAAUUGCUGGACGGCGGGGAGGCGGGUACGUUUGAUCUCGUGUUUAUAGACGCCGACAAGGUCAACUAUCUAAAGUACUACGAGAUGGCUAUGGAGCUGCUGCGGCCGGGCGGGCUCGUGGUAGUGGAUAACGCCCUGUGGAGCGGGUGGGUUGCAGACCCACAGGUCCAGGACGUCCACACGAACAGCAUCCGUGCCGUCAACGACAGGAUGGGGACCGACCCGCGCGUGGACUACGUUCUUCUCAGCGUCUCAGACGGAAUAGGUAUUGCCUGCAAACGCUGA